AACGCGCAACUCGUUCGACGUCAAACCUCUCAAACAGCUGCUCAUCUGCUGCUCCUGGUGGUGUUGACAAUGUGUGAACACUGUUGCGUAGUUCCUUUACUUUUUUUUCUACUAACAGUACUCUAAAAUUUAUAUGACACGUCCUUAAUAGUGCAACAGGUUGUCCUGUUUAGGUAAAAUGACCGACAGAUCCGAUCGAAGAUCUUCACUAAGCUCUAAUCUAGACGAACCUCCGAACUCACGAUUGUUUAUAAUCGGAAGCAAACUUCUCUGUGAAGAUGACUUCCGCAAAGCUUUCGAAGAGUUUGGAAAUAUCGAAGAGAUCUGGAUGGUUAGAGACCGACAAACUGGUGAAAGCAAAGGUGUUACGUAUAUUAAAUACUCGAAAACUUCUGAAGCUGCCCGAGCUUUGGAAGCCAUGAAUGGGAAAUGUAUCGGUAAAUUGAACAGGAGCAUCCGAGUCAUGAUAGCUGCGAGUCGCGACCAGGGCUCAAAGCGCGACUCCAACGAGGAGGAGCGCACCCUCCGCCUCUUUGUCGUGGUCCCGAAGUCCAUGACCGACUCCGAACUGUACGACACCUUCAAAGAGUUCGGCGAAAUCGACUACGCCACCAUAAUGCGAGACAAGGAAUCGCGCGAGAGCAAGGGCUUCGCCUACGUAAAAUACUUCAAGUUUUCGCACGCAGCUGCCGCUUUCGAAACGUGCGACAAAAAGUACAAAGCGGUUUUCGCCGAACCCCGGAAACCUAACAUGAAAACCGACGAGAAAUUCUCGAAUUCCUGGAGCUCGCUUAACAAAAUCAACUCAAGUGCCUUGCCCUUGCCCACGGUCAGCAACCCGGUCGGUUACACGAAACUGAUAGCAAUCGUGAGCCCACAAGUCAACCAGGACCAGUUGUGGAAGUUGUUUGAUAUUGUGCCAGGGCUGGACUACUGCCAUUUGCGGCUGGAAGGGCGCCCCAAACCCAACAAGGGCGUCGCUUCGGUGGUGUACAACAGCGCGCAAUGGGCGGCCUAUGCCAAGGAGAAGCUCCACGGGUUUGAAUAUCCCCCAGGGAACAGGAUUAUUGUGAAACCGGACCAUGAAGAGGGGAGCAGGUCUACGUCCUCGGAGAGACAGAAACAUUCCGAUAUUUUCCAAAUUGCGGAAACUAUCGCCCAAGCUUCGAAUUUGAUUCAAGCAGCGGGGCUUUCACCCGACGUUUUGCAGGCAAGAUUAGGGUUAAUUCCCGCGAAAGACAGUGGGAUUAACUGUAGUGUUAAACUACCAGAACCCCAGCCUUUGGCCCCGAAUGAGGAAACGGUGUCCAGAUGUUUUAUUGUCUGUACGCCGAACCCGCCUCCACCUUCCGUUCUCAAAGACGUGUUUUCACGUUUUGGGAACUUAAUCGAUGUCUACAUGUUGAAUAAUAGGAACUGUGGGUUUGCCAAAUACGCAAGUACAGAAUCAGCCGAAAAUGCAAUAAAGACUUUGCAUGGGGCUGAAGUUUGUGGUAUACGAAUCAAAGUUUUGAAAGCGGAAGAAAAACAAGAACAUAAUCGGAAACGACAAAGAGUGGAAGAAAAGCCAUAGAAUAAUCUAAUUUUUGUGACAUGGACGAGACGGACGUGGAACUCGUAACGUUUGACAACAACUUUACCGUUUCAGUGACAUGGACUUAACAUUUUUCAAAAGUAGCUAAGCAUCAAUUACGUCUGAUUUUCAUUGUGUAUAUUUUUGAUACUUGCAGCAAACUAUUUCAUUUUAUAAAGUCAGGUGUAAUUGAUAUUUCUCUCCCAUCCUAUACUUCUCGACAUUAAUUUACACAAACCUAUUAUAUUUUCGUAAAAAAUUUUUGUAUGUAUUUCCUUAGUGUGAUAAUAUAUUUUCAAAUUCGU